UUUUACAAGCACAAAAAGGAGCGCUAUGAGGUGAUCUCCUUGGCCGAAUUGCAGACAAUAGUUCCAGCAUUGAAUUGGCGGUUAUUUCUUUCGUCAUUGAUUGGAGAGGAGCUACACGCUAAUGAAAAAAUCGCUUUGAAAACCGGUCGAGAAUGGCUCAUCAAGCUUUCGCAGAUACUCCUUGAAUAUCUCGAGACCAGCGGAGGACAAGCUGUCGUGCGGAACUACAUCAAAUGGAAAACGUUAUUCUUCCAUCUGGCCUAUGUUAAACCGAACUGCCGUGAAGGCUACCUCUGGAAUAUCAUGCUACUGCGAAUUCUCCAUGUUCGUGAGGAUGCCACAAAUCACGAGGCAGGUGCGUUCUGA